CAUCUCAAAAUGCGUGAGGUGACAUCAACGUAAGAGGACACCUAUCCUGCGUUUGACAGGUAGGCAAAGCAAUUGCGAGACCAAACGCUCGGUACCGGGAAGCGACGCAAACGGCCACCUGCUUGAAUGUCAAACAGGCAACCACAACGUGCAAGACAUGGCGUAACUUGAUCUCCCCACUGACAGUGGAUUAGUUUCCUGGUUACUGACAUCUUCCCAUCUUGAAGCUCGUUCGACAUAACCAUCGCAAGGGGGACGACGGCUCGUUGUUUCUACCGGUGGCCACGAGAGCCCAGCAGCCUUACUGAAGAGCACAAAGACGCGCGAUUCCAAAACGUCCGACCAUAGCAAGGCGUCGUCUACAAUGAAAGAUCGACAUCCGGAGGAGCCUGUGACGCAAACCAACACUCAGGAAGUACCGAAAGAGGCUGAUCCAACUUUAGCCAGCUAUGAGGCGGACCCAUUGAUGCCUACAACGGAGAAUCUCAUUCUGGCAGCGGCUGGAUUGUGUGCGACCGGAGAAGACCAUUCCCGUCCACAGGUGGAAUUGACCAAGCCCGGGGGCCUUACCAAUACUUCUCUGACUGAACACUCCCAGACAGGAACCGGUCCGACGGCAACCAAGGUGGUAGAGAUCGCUAAAACAGCCAGUACUCAGAUCAUCGAAGCCACAAAUUCAGCGACAGAAGCGACGGGCGCAGCGGCAGGAAAGAUGAUCGAAGCGACGAAAGACGUCAGCGCAGUCUUCAAAAGCUCAGCAGAGAAGGCAGCCAAGGAACUCGAGGAAAGCAAUGAUGACUCUCUUGGUCCGUAUGGUAGCUUGGGUACUUGCACACCGAACGACAUGGACCCUCUGGCGGAAGCUGUUCACACUGGGUUACUUCUGGAAGACAGAAGCCAGGCAAACAAAGAGGCUCAGCCUCAUGACGGAAGGAUCGAGGCGAAGCGCACUAAGGACAGGGAGCAGUGAUCCCUGUCAAUAAUGCUGCAGCUCCGUUGGUUGCAAGUCGUAGAAUUUGCUGAGGUGGACCGGCUUACACCCAUAUGAGCUGAAGACGUGGUGGCGUGAAGUUGAUCGAUGGAGGUAGUGCGGAGCUAUCCCAAUGAUAAGGCAUCAAUUG